AGACUUUCCAACCACAGCACGCAGGCCUCCGGUGAGCUUUGAGCACGCCACGUGGUAAACUCUUGCCCACCAAAUAAAUUAGAUUAGCUUUUCAGUGGACCCCCACAUUCUCUCUGCAGCCAAUCGAAACACAAGAAACUUACAGAUAGAAAACUCUUUCAAUUAUCCAUCACCCAACUCCUCUUCUAACGGAUAACCCCAAUGGCCUCCACCCAAAUUCUCUCACCCACCUCCACCUCCACCGCCAUCUCCACCGCCAUCUCUCUGACACCUCAUUACCUCCACUCCUUCUCCAAAUUAUCCUUCCCUGGCUUGGCUUCCAAAAACUACAGACCAAUAACCAAGCUCCACGUCUCCUCCCCUACCAACCAGCCCAGCGUCACCGCCGCAGCCACCUCCAAAAAGCCCACUGAGGAAACCAUCUUCUUCGACGGCGGAGCCCACUACGGUGACCUUUUAGCCAACCUUCUUCUGGGUUUCACUCUGCUAUGGCUACCUUUGACUCUUGCGGCGGUUUCAAGGGCCUUUUUUUUAAGGUACAGGUUCACCAACCUGCGGGUGACGGUUAUUUCGGGGUUGACGGGUCAGGAUCGGAGUGAUUUCUCGUACACUGUGAUCAAGGAUGUUCAGGUGGUGCCGCGAUUCAUCGGUGAGUGGGGUGACAUUGUCAUUACUCUAAAGGAUGGUACCAAGGUGGACCUCAGGAGCGUGCCUAAGUUCAGAGAGAUUGCCAAGUAUUGCCUCGACAUGGCCAAGAAACCUGUGGAUUUGAAGGAAAGAGUGAAGCCUAAAGGGUUUUAGAGAGUUUUGGUUCGGUUUAGUGGACAUGGCCGGUUCAUUAGUGGGGGGGAGUUAUCUCUGGCCUUUGAGGUAUGUACAUUUUGUGGCUCAUAUAGCAAUCUGCCUGUUAUGAAGAUAAUUGGUGGUAAAUUUCUUUUGUUUUUUAAAUGAUAACAUGGCUUUUCAGUUUGUUUACUUUGGCCUUUUUGUGUCAUAAAUCAAAUGGGUAUUGAUUUGCACCAAUUUUUAGUAGUGGAAAUUAAUUUCUGGCUAA